AUUAUAAGUACAACAAAAUAAGUAGAAUAAAGAAAUGUUUGAUGUUUGUGAUAAAGUUGCCCUAAUUACUGGUGGCGCCUCAGGUUUAGGAUUAAGUUAUGCAAAGGAACUGCUGCGCAAUGGAAUUAAGGCCGUGACAAUAUCAGAUAUAGACGAUAAAGCAGCGGAAGUUGCAUUGGCUGAAAUUGAAAACGAAUUUGGACACGGAAAGGCUAUAUUUAUUAAGACGGAUGUGUCAAGUAAAAGCGAUUUUGAAGCAGCGUUCAUAAGAACUGUUGAAGUUUUCAAGAAUGUCGAUAUACUGAUUAACAACGCUGGUAUAUAUAAUGAUUUACAGUGGGAAAAAGAAGUGGAUGUGAAUAUAAGAGGAACCAUUAACGGAAUUAUUCUAGGCCUGGAGUUGUAUCUCAAGAAAUAUAAACAAGGAGAUGAAGCUGUUAUCCUGAAUACAUCUUCAAUAGCUGGUAUUAGGCCUGGUCCUUGGAUGCCCAUUUACGGUGCCACUAAAUUUGCUAUAGUAGGUAUGACGCUCUCUUGGGGCGAUGAAUUCCAUUUCCAAAGAACCAAAGUAAGAGUUCUAGCUAUUUGCCCAGGAGGUACACAUACAUCCUUAUUCAGAGUGGAACAAUGUGCUUUACAUCCGGAUUAUAUGGAAGCGCAAAAAAUGGCAAACGAAAAAAGUGGACCUGCUAACAGACAAAGCUCUGAUUUCGUCGCAGUAGAAGGCGUUAAACUUUUAAAAUAUGCACAUAACGGAUCACUAUGGGUUGUUGAAUCUGGAAAGCCAGCAUAUGAAUAUGUAUUUCCUGUAAGAGAUAGUUUUAAAAAUAACGUCGUAAAGGAAGUUUAAAUUUGAUCUAAACUAUUUGUAUCACAACUUAUAAAACCACGGAACCACAAUAUUUUCUGAAAAGUUUCUGAUAUCAUCCUGAAGAUAUCAGCACUUAUCAAGAAAAGUUGAGAAAUAUAUUUGCGCAUGUUUCAUGAUAUUCUCACUAAAAUUUCAUGUAUUCUGGAUAUUUAGUUUUUAUUCGACAAUCAUUUAAAUGAGUUUUGUGAGAUUUUUCUGAAAAUAAAUAAAAGGGAAUCGAUCUGUCAUCAAA